CUUAAUGGCUUAAGUUAAAACGGUCUCUUAAGCCUACACGCAAAUGGUCACAAAUGAAUCUGUUUGGUGAGGAGAUUCAAAAGACAAACAAAAUCACAUCACUGAGUAAGCAGCUCGCCUCACUGCAGCAUGGACCAGGUGGGCGGCGCUAAACGUUACAAUAAUGACGUCAUGGCAACUGGUUCCCACACUGCCUAGCCCAUUACACAUAGACCGCUUUAAACCAUGUUAAGCAGUUUGUGAGGAGAGUGGGUUUGCAGUAUUUGAGGAUUAUCGGGUUGAGUGACGGUAAAUGGACUAAUCCAAGAAAAGAAGCGCAGUAGAAGUAAGCAAUGCCAGCGUUUGUCUCCGACUAGAACUUGUUUGGGGGUUGUAGUCGAUUUUAUUUGAUCGCUGAGCAACCAAUCAAUCAGCAGCGGAGGUGAAGACGCCGGUGUGCUUUUUGCUCUUCUGUCAUAGGCACUUCACAGCUUGUCUGUGUUUUGAGCUCCGGCAGACGCCUCUCCACCCUCAAGAUGCACAUGAAUAGCUUAUUAAACCAGUGCACGGAUAUCUCCAGGAUGUGUGAGGUGGAUGUUUCGUCUGAGCCCACCAGCCCGACGCUGUAUAGAGAGUCUUCUGAUACGUACUGCCAUGUGGACCGCUGGCAGAAGCUACGCACAGCCGUCCGCAAGCUUGAGUUCUGGGAAAACUUUACACAUGAGCUGAUUGGCAGUGGCUUUUUCUCAAAGGUUUACAAGGUCAUCCACAACACCACGCGGAAGGUGAUGGUAGUAAAGAUCUAUAAGAAUGAUGUUGAUCAGGACAGCAUUGUAAGAGAAAUCAGCCUUCUGCAGAAACUCUCACACCCCAACAUAGUGAGGUAUCUGGGUAUUUGUGUCAAAGAGGACAAGCUGUACCCAAUUCUGGAGUAUGUCAGUGGAGGAUGUUUAGAGGAGCUGUUGGCCAGGAAAGACAUGCCUCUGUGCUGGAGAGAGAAAGUUGACCUGGCCUCUGACAUCACCAGAGGGAUGAUUUACCUCCACUUCAAGAACAUCUAUCACAGAGAUCUGAACUCUAAGAAUUGUCUAAUAAGGGUGACAACGAGGGGCAAAGAAGCGCUGGUGACUGAUUUUGGUCUGGCUCGAGAGGUGGUAGAACUUCCUGCAAAGGACAGGAAGCUUUCACUCGUGGGCUCCGCCUUCUGGAUGGCCCCUGAGAUGCUGCGCGGGGAGCCCUAUGACCGCAAGGUGGAUGUGUUCUCUUUUGGAAUUGUUCUGUGUGAAAUUCUGGCUAGGAUCCCAGCAGACCCAGAAAUCCUUCCAAGAACACAGGAUUACGGCCUGGAUGUGUCAGCUUUCCGGAAAAUGGUCAGUGGGUGUCCUCAGCAUCUUUUGGAGCUGGCAGCCAGCUGCUGUCUGUUAGAGGCUUUCCGGAGACCCUCUUUCACAGAGCUUCAAGAUGAGUUGGGUGAAAUUGCUGAGACUUUGGAGACUGCUGGCUCUGAUCUCACCACAGGCUGAUCCUGCGGCAUAGGGUAUCCCAUCAGCCCUGCAAAUGGACUUAGACUUAAGCACAAUGACAAAUGCAGCAGAACUGCAGAUUUUUCUCUGGGCUGUUUGCAUUGAUAGAGCAAAAGGUCAUUAUUUAUUAUGAACGUUUUGCUAGUAACAGGUGGCCUAGACUUCAACUUUAUCACAGCUUUUCGUGGUAUACUAUUACUAUAUAUUGCACAGUGUGUGUGUGUAUAUAUAUAUAUAUAUACACAUACAUACUAAAAGAAAUGUUUUAUCAGGUUCCAGCUAAAGUCUUUAGCUGUUUGCAGUGUCGUUUAUAAAGCUACAGAUUUUCAAACAAAUUCAUAUCUGCUAGAUUUAAAAACAACCCUUAAUUAGGUUCUGAUGCUUAAGAUAAUCAAUAAUAAAAGGACUAAUUUGAGGGUCACAAGUUUUAAAUAACCAAAUAAUAUUUUCAUAGGUUUUAGUGAAUCUAUACAUGAUCAGAAUAAAUUAAAUUGUACACAAAGUAAUUUUAUAAGUAUUUUAGUACCAGUUUCCUGAAAAGGAAAAAAGUGCAUUUGUAUUGCUGAUUUAUAUAAGUGAUAUAUUUCAAGAAGUGAAGUGUGUACCUUUCUCUAUUUGUAAGCAAUUUGUAUAGAAUCAAGCACUCCUCAAUUGUGGGUUUGCCUCCACUGUGAGCUGAGCUACUGAUCUUUGGAAAUUCUCCAGAACUCGCCAGCCGCCACAGGAUGAGGUCCAUUUCCUGCCUUAAACGGAUUCUGUGUUGCUUUUCUCUAUUGUAGUGCUCUCAUUUGGGCUGAGUGUUUGAGGAACCUUAUCUUUUUUUCUUUUUUUUUCAUUUGUUACACCCAAACAAAACUUAAGUGUUCAUUCUUGUUUGCCAUGUGUUGUGAAAUUCAGUAUUCGUACCAGAAGUGUGAGAUGGUACUAAGCCAACUCCAACUGACAGUGAUAUCAAACACUUGACAUCACAUUUCUCUUAAAACAAGUUUUGACAUAAUAUGGUCAUAUGGACUGUAAUUAAAUGAAUGUGUGAAUUGUGUACAAAUCAGAAAAAAAAGAGCACUCGCAUUUUGAAAUCAAUAUACCUAACCAACUUGGCAAUGUUGGUUUCUUAUUUUUUUACAUUUCUUUUUGGUAUUUGAAUUUUUAAUAUUGGUAACGCUUUACAGUAAGGUCUCAUUUGUUAACAUUAAUGUAUUAACUAACUUGAACUAACAAUGAGCAAUGCAUUUGUUACAGUAUUUAUUCAUCUUUGUUCAUUGUUUCUUCAUGUUAGUUUACAGUGUAUUAAUGUUAACAAAUAUAAAACUUUUGAUUUUAAUAAUGUUAGUAAAUGUUGAAAUGAACUUUUACAGCAUUUAUUAAUCUUACAUGGUUAUUGUUGUUGGUUCAUGUUAACUAAUAAAAUGCUAUUGUAAAGAGUUACCUUAAUAUUUAUACAUGCUGUACUCAGCUGUUAUUUCAGUUUUUACUCAUUAUGCUUUAGAUACCUGUCGUUUGCCUAACAUUGCUUCAAUGAACUUUAACAAGAUCUACAUUCUGUGCCUCAGAGGACGCUUGACUUCUUGAGAAUCUUGUGCAAUGUCGUGUUAACCUCAUAUCUCUGGUGUCUGUAUAGUCUGAAUCUUUCUGCAGUUUGUAUUGUUUUUGUAAUGACAUAUGAAGUGGAAAGGAAUCAUAUUUGAUGGUGUGUAUUUUUCAAAUAAAUCCAUUGAAAAUCU